UAUCAUUGCAAAAACACUUGAAUGCUCACAAAUAAAUAUCCUACAAAGUUGCACACUCGCAAUGUUGGUCCUACUUCUUGUACUUUUUGUCCCUUUGGUUUUAGGAGAAGAUUGUGUCCUAAACCUACCUUUAGACGCUCCUUGGGUAGUCGACCAAGAUUUCAACUUUUUCCAUCUUACGAGCGACGCCACGAACAUAACCAUCAAAGCGGGCGCCAAAUUCUACAUGAAGUGUCUAAACGGUACUACAACCUCACUUUUUUCGGACGAUGGUGACAUGUUCAUGUGCAUCGGAGGCACAAGUUUAUUUCUGCCAACAACCGGGGAGGUCGUAGAUUAUAAUAAAAUCAUAUGUAAGAACAAUCCGCCUGUCCACGCCAUACGAAAACUUACUCAGACUUGUGCUAAUAACUUCACCUUGAUAGAAGCAGGACUCACCAUUGGUACUACCUUUUCACCAGCAUACACCGUGUGUUUCGACGAUACUCUCUUGAGUCCGUUCUAUGUAGAAUUUACCAAACCUUUAUACAAUUGUUCCGGGUCUUGUGGCAGUACUCUUCGCUUACACGUAGAUGCUGGCAGCUUAUACAACGUAGACCUCGACCUCAUCUACAUCCGACAAGAAACCAUCUUCAAAAAUCUAGAUCUUGAAGCAAGCUUCAAACCACUGCAACAAGUUUCCUUAGUCGAUAACCAGCUAUUCGUCAACCCUGCUCGGUGGUACCCGACGUUCGACUACGCAAACCACGUCUUCAACUGGGCUUCUUUCGACGGUACUCCUUCAGAUUUUUGUUUUAACUACUUACCGGCAAGUUCUGUCGUCUACGCCGGCGUGUUAGGUGUGGCUAAAGUUAGCAACUCGCAAGGAAAACUCGUCGAAGUUUAUCUAAAUGAUGGUACUGUUCCGGUACCGCAGUGGUACUGGUGCGUCUUUUACGAUAAGUCGCCGCAAGUUGACGGAGUUUUCUUCGUACAGUACACGGCGAUGAUGGCGACGGCGACCUCUUCCUCUGGAGCCCAGGUUUUAUGGCAAAACGAGAUUUGUAGUGAAGAUACGUACGUCUACAAUGAUCAGCUUGGGGAGUUUUAUGGAAAUUGUACGUUUAGUGGGUUGGUAAACCCGCUAUUGAUUAAUUUUGUGGACGAGAAGUGGCCACAGGCGAGGGCGAAGAGUCAAAUCUUGCUAACAUAAACCCUCGAAGUUAAGCAUGUAAUUACUAAGAGUACAUUUUUCCACGACUAUAAAAUCUUCUGAAUUUGUAUACAAUGCAUUAUCAAAAAUUCUAAAUAAAAAUUAUUAUCACAGUUGCAAUAAACACUUGAA